AUUCUGUUGUUGAUACUGCGGAGUGCACAUUACGGUUCUCUACAGACUUCGGGUUUAAAUAUCUUAUUAGAAAGCAGAAAGUAAAGGAAUUUUAGACUGGUGGACGAAUUUAUAGCAAUCACAUUUAUUACAAGAGCAUACUGCUUUAAAACAGUAACGAAUCAGGACUGCUACUUUCCCGACAGCUUGGCAAGUCGAUUAUUACUGAUGGGAGGGAGUGACGCUGAAAGACGAUCUAAGAUCAGAACCGGAGAAGAGAGCAAAUCCCAAAGCUUAUCAUCAUCAUCAAGCGCCCGGAGACCCAGUCCAAGCCUCCAGAAGAAGCAUGAACGGUCCACUGAGAAGAAAAGGAUGAAGAGGAGCCGCUCCAGCUCUUCGUCGUCUUCAAGCUCCACUUCCUCGUCCAGAGAAAAAAAGGCCAAGAAGAAAAAGAAACGGCGAGAAGAAAAGAAACUGAAGCGUGAAAAGAAAAGGGAGAAGAAGGAAAAGAAGCGGCAAAAGAAGUUGGCGCUGAAAGCUGCGAGAGAAGCUUCUGUACCGACUCGUGUUUCUGAAGAACAGCUCUCACCGUUCCUGCAGACCUGGCUGAAUGAAGAGACCAAAGAACCCGGCCCUGUCAUGACUGACGAACAGAAGGAGACUUUCUGCACCAAGAGACCGAUGACAAAGGAAGAAUACGAUGCGAGGCAAAGCAUCAUCCGCCGUGUCGUCGACCCCGAGACCGGGCGCACCAGGCUUAUAAGAGGCGAUGGGGAAGUUUUGGAAGAAAUUGUCACCAAGGAGCGACACAAAGACAUCAACAAGCAAGCCACUAAGGGCGAUGGUGAUGCCUUCCAGAAGAGACUGGGGAUCAACAGGUAGCGAAGUGGCGGAUAGGAACGAUUAGUUCA